GACCCCCCCAGGACAUUUCUGAUCCCCCCAGGACCCCCAAGACCCCCCCAGGACACCCCCCCGGCGCUGCCAUGAGGGUGAAGCUGAAGAACGUUUUCAUCGUCUACUUCGUGGUGUCGCUGGUGGGGCUGCUCUGCGCCCUGCUGCAGCUCGGGCAGCCCUGCGACUGCUCCCAGCAGCUGCGGGCCGAGCGGCGCCGGGGCCGGGACCGGCUGCUGGCGGAGCUGCGGGCUGGGGGGGCGCGGGGGAGCCCCGGGCCGAGGGGGGGCCGGGCCCUGCCCACCAUCUACGUGGUGACCCCCACCUACGCCAGGCCGGUGCAGAAGGCGGAGCUGGUGCGGCUGUCGCAGACGCUGCUGCACGUGCGGGCUUUGCACUGGGUGGUGGUGGAGGACGCGGCGGCCCCCACGGCGUUGGUGGGGGGGCUUCUGGCCGGCAGCGGGGUCCCUUUCACCCACCUGAACGUCGAGACCCCCCCCGAGCGUCGCCGUCGCCCCGGGGACCCCCCCUGGCUGCACCCGGGCGUCGAGCAGCGCAACCGGGCGCUGCAGUGGCUGCGGGAGACGCGGGCGCCCGGCGAGAGCGGCGUCGUUUACUUCGCCGACGACGACAACACCUACAGCCUGCGUCUCUUCGAGGAGAUGCGCAGCACCCGCGGCGUGGCCGUCUGGCCUGUGGGGCUGGUGGGGGGCCUGCGCUUCGAGCGGCCGCUGGUGGCGGGGGGCCGGGUGGUGGGUUUCCACACCGCCUGGAAACCCGAGCGUCCCUUCCCGGUGGAUAUGGCCGGCUUCGCCGUGGCGCUCCCCCUCCUCCUGGCGCGGCCCACCGCCCGCUUCGACCCCCGAGCCGAGAGGGGCUACCUGGAGAGCAGCCUGCUGGGGGGGCUCGUCUCCCCCGCCGAGCUGGAGCCCAAGGCCGACAACUGCACCCAGGUGCUGGUGUGGCACACGCGGACGGAGAAGCCGAAGCUGCGGCAGGAGGAGCAGCUGCAGCGCGAGGGAAGGGGCUCCGACCCCCACAUCGAGGUGUGAGGGGACCCCGCCCCCCCGUGCCCCCCACCCCCAGCCCACCCCGCACCACAGCAGGGGACACCCCCCCCGGGGACACUCGGACUUUUAUUUAUCGACAGGACCCCCCCCCACUUUCCGUGGGGACCCCCAGGGCCCCCCCAGCCAAGCGUCGUCUCCGCAAUAAACUCUCCCGCUCCA